GCGGGAUAGCAACCUGAACUUUUUAUCUGGACAUGUGACCGGCUUUUAAAAGGGCCGGCCCUGGAGCUGGCCCACUCCCCCUCCGGGCUUUCGCCCGCCCUCUGGAGCUCUCUCCCUCCCUACUUCGCCCGCCCUGGCCCUACCCGUGCCCCUCCUCUCCGCCCCUCCGCGCCCGGGGUGUCAUUGGACUGGGAAGACGUAAGCCAACUUCAGGCCGCUCGGAGGAAACGCGUGCAGUCACCUGGGUGCAAGAGCGUUGCUGCCUCGGACUCUCCCGCUGCAGGGAGAGCGGCACUCGCUGGCCUGGAUGUUGUUGGAUUUAGGGGGGCUCCGCAGCAGGAGUGUCGUGGCGUUGGCAAGCGCUGCAACAGGUAGACGCCGUGAGACGGACCCUGGCCGAGGCAGCUAUGGAAACCAAAGGCUACCACAGUCUCCCUGAAGGUCUAGAUAUGGAAAGACGGUGGGGUCAAGCUUCUCAGGCUGCGGAGCAUUCUUCCUCGGGACCUACAGAGCGGACCGAUGAGAAUAACUACAUGGAGGUCGUCAACAUAAGCUGUGUUUCCGGUGCUAUUCCAAACAACAGUACUCAAGGAAGCAGCAAAGAAAAACAGGAACUACUCCCUUGCCUUCAGCAAGACAAUAAUCGGUCUGGGAUUUUACCAUCUGAUAUUAAAACCGAGCUGGAAUCUAAGGAACUUUCGGCAACCGUGGCUGAGUCCAUGGGCUUAUACAUGGAUUCCGUAAGAGAGGCCGACUAUGCCUAUGAUCAGCAGAACCCACAAGGAAGCGCGAGUCCAGCAAAGAUCUAUCCACACGUCGAACAGAUGGUGAAAUUUUACAAAGAAAAUGGCCACCGUCCCUCCACUCUGGGGAACGUGAACAGGCCCUUGAGGUCCUUCAUGGCUGACUCGGGGAGCUCCGAGAACGGCGGGGUCAUGCGCACCAUGGUGAAGAGCCCCAUCCUGGGUCACGAGAAGAGCCCCUCUGUUUGCAGCCCUCUGAAUAUGUCAUCUUCGGGCUGCAGCCCUGCCGGCAUCAGCUGUGUGUCCUCCACCUCGGCUAGCUUUGGCAGUUUCGCAGUGCACAGCCCCAUCGCCCAGGGCACUCCUCUGCCGUGCUCCCCUAAUGUGGAGAAUCGGGGUUCCAGGUCACACAGCCCAGCCCACGCCAGCAACGUGGGCUCUCCUCUCUCCAGUCCGUUGAGUAGCAUGAAAUCCCCCAUUUCCAGCCCCCCGAGUCACUGCAGUGUAAAAUCUCCAGUCUCCAGUCCUAAUAACGUCCUCCUGCGAUCCUGUGUAUCCAGCCCGGCAAAUAUCAACAACUCAAGGUGCUCUGUUUCCAGCCCUUCCAACACAAAUAACAGAUCCACACUGUCCAGCCCCACUGCUAGUACCGUGGGAUCUAUCUGUAGCCCGGGAAGCAACGCCUUCAGCUACACUGCUUCGGGCACCCCGGCUGGAUCCAGUGCAGCCCGGGAUGCGGUUCCUAGUCCAGACACACACGAGAAAGGUGCUCAUGAGCUUCCCUUUCCUAAGACUGAGGAGGCAGAGAGUGCGGUCUCCAACGGUGUGACUGGCCAGCUUAACAUCAUCCAGUACAUAAAGCCGGAGCCAGAUGGAGCUUUUAGCAGCUCGUGUCUAGGAGGCAAUAGCAAAAUAAAUUCUGAUUCCCCAUUCUCAGUACCAAUAAAACAAGAAUCAACCAAGCAUUCGUGUUCGGGCACCUCUUUUAAAGGGAAUCCAGCCGUCAACCCCUUUCCAUUCAUGGAUGGCUCAUAUUUUUCCUUUAUGGAUGAUAAAGACUAUUAUUCUCUAUCAGGAAUUUUAGGACCACCUGUGCCCGGCUUCGAUGGUAACUGUGAAGGCAGUGGCUUCCCAAUGGGGAUAAAACAAGAACCGGAUGAUGGGAGCUAUUACCCGGAGGCCAGCAUCCCUUCAUCUGCCAUUGUUGGUGUGAAUUCAGGUGGACAGUCCUUUCACUACAGGAUUGGUGCUCAAGGUACAAUAUCUUUAUCACGAUCAGCUAGAGACCAAUCUUUCCAACACUUGAGCUCCUUUCCUCCCAUCAAUACUUUAGUGGAGUCGUGGAAAUCGCACGGUGACCUGUCAUCUAGAAGUGAUGGAUAUCCGGUCCUAGAGUACAUUCCAGAAAAUGUAUCAAGCUCUACUUUACGAAGUGUUUCCACUGGAUCCUCAAGACCUUCCAAAAUAUGUUUGGUGUGUGGGGAUGAGGCUUCAGGAUGUCACUAUGGUGUAGUGACCUGUGGCAGCUGCAAAGUGUUCUUCAAAAGAGCAGUGGAAGGGCAACACAACUAUUUAUGUGCUGGAAGAAAUGAUUGCAUAAUUGAUAAGAUUCGACGGAAGAAUUGUCCUGCCUGCAGACUUCAGAAGUGUCUUCAAGCUGGAAUGAAUUUAGGAGCUCGAAAGUCCAAGAAGUUGGGGAAGUUAAAAGGGAUUCACGAGGAACAGUCACAGCAGCCUCCACCUCCCCCCCCACAGAGCCCAGAGGAAGGAACUACGUACAUCGCUCCUGCGCAAGAGCCGUCCGUCAACUCAGCGCUGGUUCCUCAACUCUCCACAAUUUCCCGAGCGCUCACACCUUCCCCUUCCAUGGUCCUUGAAACCAUCGAACCCGAGAUUGUGUAUGCAGGCUAUGACAACUCCAAACCAGAUACAGCCGAAAAUCUGCUCUCCACCCUAAACCGCUUAGCAGGCAAACAGAUGAUCCAAGUCGUGAAGUGGGCGAAGGUAAUUCCAGGAUUUAAAAACCUGCCUCUCGAGGACCAAAUUACCCUCAUCCAGUAUUCUUGGAUGUGUCUAUCAUCAUUUGCCUUGAGCUGGAGAUCGUACAAACAUACGAACAGCCAAUUUCUCUAUUUUGCACCAGACCUAGUCUUUAAUGAAGAGAAGAUGCACCAGUCUGCCAUGUACGAGCUUUGCCAGGGGAUGCACCAGAUCAGCCUUCAGUUUGUCCGGCUGCAGCUCACCUUUGAGGAAUACACCGUCAUGAAAGUGUUGCUGCUGCUGAGCACAAUUCCAAAGGAUGGCCUCAAAAGCCAGGCUGCGUUUGAAGAAAUGAGGACAAAUUACAUCAAAGAACUGAGGAAGAUGGUAACGAAGUGUCCCAACAAUUCCGGGCAGAGCUGGCAGAGGUUCUACCAACUGACCAAGCUUCUGGACUCCAUGCAUGAUCUGGUGAGCGACUUGCUGGAAUUUUGCUUCUAUACCUUCCGGGAGUCCCAGGCCCUGAAAGUGGAGUUCCCAGCGAUGCUGGUGGAGAUCAUCAGUGACCAGCUGCCGAAGGUGGAGUCCGGGAACGCUAAGACCCUUUACUUUCACAGGAAGUGACGGGAGACAUCUCACCAGAAGAACUUUGCCUUAAGUUUCCCCGUGUUACUACACACCCACGAAGGACCCAAGAAAAUCAUAUUUUUGACACGUGAUGGUUGAUUCCCACUUGUUCAGCAGUUGCUCAAGUUGAAAAUCAUGUCAAGGGUUGGGAGGCAGGCGGGCAGGGUGACGUGGAUUUGGCGAGACCUGCAUAGUCUGAAAGGUUCUUCCCUCUCCAACCCCCAGCACUUAGAAACACGUUCCUGUUCCUCUGGAUGAAAAGCCAUAUCUAGUCAAUAACUCUCUGAUUUUGAUAUUUUAACAGAUGGAAGUUUUAACUAUGCCAUGUAGUUUCUGGGAUCGUUCGCUUGUUUUAAAAGGGUUCAAGGACUAACGAACUUUUUCAAGCUCACCCUUGGUUUGCACAUAAAGCGUAUAGUCAAUAUGGGGCAUUAAUAUUCUUUCGUUAUUUAAAAAAACAAAAAACACAAAAAAAUAUAUACAGAUUCCUGUUGUGUAAUAACGGAGCACGUGGACUGGACUAGCGACCCCGUUGGGGGCAUUGCUUCGCCCACGUCUUUCUGCAUCACUGGUAUCCACACCCUCUAGCCUCCAUUUAUUAUUUAAUUAGAACGGAUAAGAUGUUCAAACAAAUGCCUUGGUUUCAAUUUCUAGUAUCUAUUGUGUUGGCUUUACCAAUAAUUUUUGCAGUCUUUUGCUGUGCUGUACAUUACUGUAUGUAUAAAUUGUGAAGGACCUAAACUAAGGUAUAAGGAACUUUUGUAAAUGAGACACAUACAAAAAAAAAAAAAAAACUUUAAUGGUUAAUAGGAUGAAUGGGAAAGUAUUUUUGAAAGAAUUCUAUUUUGCUGGAGACUAUUUAAGUACUAUCUUUGUCUAAACCAACAAGGUAAAAAAAAAAUUUUUUUUUUUUGUAAA